AUGUUGGAGUCCGAGAAACUAGAAUGGCUACGCAAAAACCAACCUAAGCUUCGGGUUACCAAGUACAACUCUUUAGAGAAAGAGGGCGAUCAGAGUCAACUUCCAGGUGUAAGCAUAGGUAAGCGAGUUGUUUUGCCUUCGUCCUUUGUCGGUGGUCGUAGGUUUAUGGAUCAAUUAUACUAUGAUGGGAUGGCUAUAUGCAGUAAAGUUGGGUUUCCUGAUUUGUUUAUUACUUUUACCUGUAACCCCAAUUGGCCUGAGAUUCAAAGAGUCCUUGGACCUCUACACCUGAAACCUCAAGAUCGACCUGAUGUCAUUUCAAGAAUUUUCAAAAUCAAGUUUGACCAAUUGCUUUCGGAUCUAACCAAAAAGGGUGUUCUUGGCAAAGUGCUUGCUUAUAUGUACACCAUUGAGUUCCAAAAGAGAGGAUUGCCCCAUGCCCAUAUAUUGAUCUUUUUGCAUCCUUCAAACAAAUAUCCAGGACCCGAAGACAUUGACAAGAUCAUAAGUGCUGAAGUGCCCGAUCCGGAGACACACCCUCGGUUGUACAAUUUGGUGAAGGCUCACAUGGUUCAUGGUCCCUGUGGUUUGAAGUUUCAGUCUACCAUUAUAGUGGACCAAGAAGGCUAUCCGGUUUAUAGGAGAAGAAACAACGGACACACAAUUGAAAAACACGGCAUAAUUUUUCAUAGUGGUCAUGUAGUUCCUCACAAUCCAAGUUUGUUGUUGAAAUACCAAGCCCACAUCAACAUGGAAUGGUGCAACCAAAGUACUUCUAUAAAAUACCUUUUCAAAUAUAUAAACAAAGGUUCGGAUCGAAUUUCUGCAAUCAUACAAGCAUGUUGGAGGAUCUUCUCUUAUUCUAUACAUGGCAGGAAGCCAGCCGUGGAGAGAUUGUUUUUUCAUAUGGAAGGUGAAAACUCCGUGUACUACAAAGACUACGAGCAGGUUGGUGAUGUUUUACUAAAACCAAGUGUAACCGAGUCUAUGUUUACAGCAUGGUUCGAGGCAAACAAAACUUAUGAAGAAGCAAGAUCACUAACUUAUGGUGACUUCGUUUCUAAAUUUGUUUAUCAUAAAAGAAGUCGGAGUUGGAAACCAAGGAAACGAGGGUAUACAAUUGGUCGACUCAUUUGGGUUCCUCAAAGCACUGGUGAAUUGUUUUAUUUAAGGAUGAUGCUCACUGUCAAAAAAGGUCCUUUAUGCUAUCAAGACAUCAAGAAAGUUGAUGGUAAACAACUUAAAAAUUUUCGUGACGCAUGUUUUGCAAUGGGAUUUCUACAAGAUGAUCGAGAAUUUAUCGAGGCAAUAAAAGAGGCACAUCUAUGGGGUUCAGGUCCAUUUUUACGCAAGUUAUUUGUGAUGAUGUUGUUGUCAUCAUCCAUGAAUAGACCCGAACAUGUCUGGAGGAAGACUUGGAUGUAUUUAUCGGAUGGCAUUCUUUAUGAGUGUCGGUUAUUGGCAAGAGAUCCAGGUCUUACAAUGAGCGAUGCCGAGCUAAAAGACCGGACUCUAAUGGAAAUUGAAACACUCUUGCAAAAUAAUAAUCGAAGCCUGAAAGAUUUCAAGACAAUGCCAUAUCCAAAAGAUUAUGUCAUCUCCUUUACAGGAAAUAGGCUACUCUAUGAUGAAUGCCAAUAUGAUGUUGUUGCUCAACAACAAAUUUAUGAAAAUUUAUACUCUUCUCUUACAGAUGAGCAAAGAAGCAUUUUUGAGGAAAUCAUGAAUGCUGUAGAAAAGCAACAGGGCGGGGUAUUUUUUUUAUAUGGAUAUGGUGGGACUGGUGGAAGAACAGCUCAUUCUAGAUUUAAGAUUCCUGUCCCUACCUUAGAAACUUCUAUUUGCAACAUUGAAAAAAAGGAUCAUUUUGCUGAGCUUCUCAAGAUGACGGAUCUAAUCAUAUGGGAUGAGGCUCCUAUGGCUAACAAGUUUUGCUUUGAAUCUCUGGACAAAUCCUUAAAGGAUAUUAUGAGUGGACCCACAAAGCCAUCUGAAAAAGUGUUUGGAGGUAAGGUUGUUGUCUUUGGUGGUGACUUCAGACAAAUUCUCCCUGUUAUACCAAGAGGUACAAGAUAUGAUAUUAUCCAUGCCACUAUCAAUGCUUCUUAUAUUUGGGAUCAUUGUAGAGUAUUGAGGCUUACAAAGAACAUGCGCUUGCAAACUGGUCCACCUGAUUCUACAGCUGAUGACAUAAGGAGCUUUUCUGAGUGGAUUUUAAAUAUUGGAGAUGGGACCAUGUGUGAGCCAAAUGACGGUUAUGCUGAUAUUUGUAUUCCUGAUGAGUUCUUAAUUUCUAACUUUUCUGAUCCAAUUAAGGCAAUUGUUGAAGAUACAUACCCUGAUCUCAUUCAUAACUAUCUUGAUUCCAAUUAUCUACAAAGUCGUGCGAUAUUGACUUCAACAAUUGAAGUUGUUGAUGAUAUAAAUCAAUAUAUCACAAACCUUCUUCCAGGAGAAGAGAAAGAAUACUUUAGUAGUGAUUCUAUUGAUAAAUCUGAUGCAACCACCUUUGAUGCCUAUGAGCAUGUGACACCCGAGUUCCUUAAUGCUCUUAAGACUUCAGGAUUGCCUAACCAUUCAAUCAAGUUGAAAGUUGGGGCCACUAUUAUGUUGAUGCGCAACCUAGAUCAGUCUGAAGGAUUGUGCAAUGGUACAAGGCUUACUGUAACAAGACUUGUUGCUCAUGUCAUAGAAGCUAAGAUCAUCUCUGGAAAAAAUAUUGGUAACCUCUUUUAUAUUCCUAGAAUGUCUUUGUCCCCGUCACAGUCCCCAUGGCCAUUUAAAUUGGUGAGACGCCAAUUUCCAAUAAUUGUUUCCUUUGCCAUGACUAUUAACAAGUCUCAAGGUCAAUCACUUGACCAUGUUGGAUUAUAUUUGCCAAAAGAGGUUUUUAGCCAUGGCCAAUUAUAUGUGGCUAUUUCAAGAGUCAAAUCCAAAAAGGGAUUAAGGAUUCUUAUUCAUGACAAAGACAAAGUACCUAUGAUCUCUACCACCAAUGUUGUAUUCAAGGAAGUCUUCCAUAACAUUUGA